AUGGGAUACCUGGUGCAUGAGAAUAAGAAAAGGAAGCGUGCAGAAGUGGAGAAAGUGUCGGAAGAUCCGAGCUCCCCUGUUGCACAAGAACCUCCUGUAAAAGCGAAGAAAGCCAGAAAGAAGGAGUUUUCAAAAGCAGAGAAGAAACUGGCAAACAGAGAGAGCGCUUUGGAGCAGGCAGAUGAAGAAGAGGAGCAAAAAGUGUCUCAAAACAAAGUGAAGAAGAAAAAAAGAGGUUCUCAGGCCGUCCCCAAAAGUGCUGUUAACUCAGAUACAGGCACAACUGUAAAACAACGAAAGGAGAAAAAGGUGUUUGAUGAAGCAGUAAACAGAAGAACAGUGUUUGUUGGAAACCUGCCUGUCAGCUGCACUGUUCAGGAACUGAAGUCUCUCUUUAAAGAGUACGGACAAAUAAAAUCCAUUCGAUUCCGGUCUUUGGUUCCAGCAGAGGAUACUGUAUCCAAAAAGUUAGCAGCAAUAAAGCACAAGGUGCACCCUAAUGCGAAGUUUGUUAAUGCAUAUGUUGUGUUUAAGGAAGAAAGUGACGCCAUUAAGGCUCUAAAUGAAAAUGGAACAGAAAUCGCCAGUGGAUUUCACAUCAGAGUUGACAUUGCAUCAAAAAACAGUUCACAUGACAAUAAACGAUCUGUAUUCUUGGGAAAUCUCUCAUAUGACAUCAGUGACGACGCCGUGCGGGAGCACUUCUCGGUCUGUGGAGACGUGGUGGCCGUGCGCGUCGUGAGGGACCGGGAGACCGGCCUGGGCAGGGGCUUUGGCUACGUCCUCUUUGAGAACACGGACGCUGUGCAUCUUGCUCUGAAGCUCAACGAGACUGUUCUGCUGGGAAGGAAGAUUCGAGUGAAGCGCUGUGGGGAGAAGUGGAAAGUGCCCCAGAAAAGUUCCAAUCCAUCUCCUGCUCCUAAGGACAGAGCUGGUACAAGGCUGAAGAACAAGAGGUGCUCUAGUGAUUCCUUUGUUGGUGAGAAGGCGACGCCGUUAAAGAAGAGCACCAAACCAAAGAGACUGAAACCGGUUCCCAGGAAAAAAUCUGGGGGGAACAAACAGACUUUUGGUAAAAAGCAAACAUCUAACAGUGUCCCUUAUAAAAACUGA